AUGGGUCUUAACUUGGAGGAAAUAUAUGGCAAUGAUUUAAUUGAAGAGGCUCCGCAGGAGUAUUCGGAGUACCAGCCCAAGGAGGGUUAUGGCUGGGCCAAUACUCUGCCAGAGAAGCAGGGUCUCUAUGACCCCGAAUACGAAAAGGAUGCCUGUGGUGUCGGCUUUGCUGCCCACAUCAAGGGCAAGCCGAGCCACAAGAUCGUGAGCGAUGCCCGCAAUCUGUUGUGCAACAUGACCCACCGUGGAGCCGUUGGCUCCGACGCGCGAGACGGUGACGGUGCCGGUGUGAUGACCAGUAUCCCUCACAAAUUCUUCGUGAAGAAUUUCGCUCGUGAGGUUGGCGUGGACCUGCCACCGCUGGGUCAGUAUGCCGUUGGAAACUUAUUCUUCAAGCCCGAUGAGGACGCUCUUAAGCAAUCCAUCGCCAGCUUCGAGGAGCUCGCUACCUCUCUUGGCCUGCGCGUCUUGGGAUGGCGCGAGGUGCCUCGCGACUCGACUAUCCUGGGUCCGGCUGCGCUCUCGCGUGAGCCUAUUAUUAUGCAGCCGUUUGUCGUGUUGAAAUCUGCGUACGGCGAAGGUAACAAGCCGGAGAUCACCGACACCGACAAGUUCGACGAGCGGACGUUUGAGAUCCAGCUGUACGUUUUGCGGAAGCGUGCCACUCAUGUCAUUGGUCUGGGCAACUGGUUUUACCUGUGCUCCCUCAGCAACCGGAAUAUCGUCUACAAGGGCCAGCUUUCCCCGGUCCAGGUCUACACAUACUACCACGAUCUGGUUAACGUCGACUACGAGGGCCACUUCGCUCUUGUUCACUCCCGAUUCUCCACCAACACAUUCCCCUCUUGGGACCGUGCUCAGCCUUUGCGAUGGGCCGCUCACAACGGUGAAAUUAACACAUUGCGAGGAAACAAGAACUGGAUGCGUGCCCGUGAGGGUGUCCUUCGCUCCGAGGUCUUCGGCGAUGAGCUCGACCUCCUGUACCCUGUCGUGGAGGAUGGCGGCUCCGACUCCGCUGCCUUUGAUAACGUGCUGGAGCUGCUGAUGAUUAACGGAGUUCUGUCUCUGCCCGAGGCUGUCAUGAUCAUGAUUCCCGAGGCCUGGCAGGACAACCCGGCCAUGGACCCGAAGAAGUCUGCUUUCUACGAGUGGGCGGCUUGUCAGAUGGAACCCUGGGAUGGCCCGGCUCUGUUUACCUUCUCCGACGGCCGUUACUGUGGUGCCAACCUCGACCGUAACGGCCUGCGCCCCUGCCGUUUCUACGUGAUGGAUGACGACCGUAUCGUCUGCGCUUCCGAGGUCGGUGCUAUUGAUAUUGACCCUGAGCGUGUGGUCCAGAAGGGUCGUCUGCAGCCCGGAAAGAUGCUGCUGGUCGACACUGUGGCCGGGCGGAUCAUUGACGACUCCGAAUUGAAGAGGACCGUCGCCAACCGUCAGGACUUUGCCAGCUGGCUGGACAAGGAGCUCCUGAAGCUGCCCGCUAUCACCAAGGUGCUCGCGGACAGCAGCCACGACCUUUCUUUCACCCUUGACGAAACCACCGUGCAGAAUGACCCCCGUCUUCGAGCCUUCGGUUAUUCCUUCGAACAGGUCAGUCUCCUGCUGGGCCCUAUGGGCGCGGACUCCAAGGAAGCCCUCGGCUCCAUGGGUAAUGAUGCUCCUCUGGCUUGCAUUGCUCAGCAGCCUCGCCUGCUUUACGAAUACUUCCGCCAGCUGUUUGCUCAGGUCACCAACCCGCCCAUUGAUCCCAUCCGCGAGGCCGUGGUCAUGUCCCUGGAGUGCUACGUUGGUCCCCAAGGGAACUUGCUGGAGAUGGACCCUACUCAGUGCCACCGCUUGCUUUUGCCGUCUCCCAUUUUGAGCAUCCCUGAGUUCAAUGCUCUUAAGAACAUCAACUACGCUCAUAAUGACUGGACUGUUCGUACCAUCGACAUUACUUUCGACAAGAAGGGGGGUACCAAUGGCUACAUUGAGGCACUGGAUGCUAUCUGUGAUGCUACUACCGAGGCUAUUCAGCAAGGCGACAAGGUGAUCGUUCUGUCUGACCGGGCCACUUCCGCUGAGCGUGUCCCCGUCUCUGCUUUGUUGGCCACUGGUCUUGUCCACCACCACCUGGUUCGCAACAAGUGGCGUUCGUUUGCUGCCCUCGUUGUUGAGACUGCUGAAGCUCGUGAGGUCCACCACCACUGUGUUCUCCUUGGUUAUGGUGCCGACGCUAUCAACCCUUACCUCGCUCUGGAGUGUAUCCUCAAGAUGAACCGGGAGAAACUGAUCCGCAAGGACAUCACCGACGAGAAGGUGAUUGAAAACUACAAGGCCUCUUGCGAUGGUGGUAUUCUCAAGGUCAUGAGUAAGAUGGGUAUCUCCACUCUCCAGUCCUACAAGGGUGCUCAGAUCUUCGAGGCUCUCGGUAUCGACGACAGCGUCAUUGACCGCUGCUUCGCCGGUACUGCAAGCCGCAUUCGUGGUAUCACAUUCGAGCUGAUUGCUCAGGACGCUUUCGCCUUCCACGAGCGCGGAUACCCCUCGCGCGAGAUUGUCGAGAUCCCUGGUCUGACCGAAACGGGCGAGUACCACUGGCGCGAUGGUGGCGAGGCACACAUCAACGAUCCCGUCAGCAUUGCUAACAUGCAGGAUGCCGUUCGCACCAAGAAUGACAAGUCCUACGAGGCUUACGCCAAGGCAGAGCACGAGCAGAUCAAGAACUGCACUCUGCGUGGUAUGCUCGAGUUCGACUUCGAGCAGCGUACUCCCAUCCCCAUUGAUCAGGUCGAGCCAUGGACCGAGAUCGUGCGCCGUUUCGUGACCGGUGCCAUGUCCUACGGAUCUAUCUCCAUGGAAUCCCACUCGACUUUGGCUAUUGCCAUGAACCGUCUGGGCGGAAAGUCCAACACCGGUGAAGGUGGUGAAGAUGCUGAGCGCAGCAACCGCAUGGAAAACGGCGACACCAUGCGUUCCGCCAUCAAGCAAAUUGCCUCUGGUCGCUUCGGUGUGACAUCCAACUACCUAGCUGAUGCCGAUGAGCUGCAGAUCAAGAUGGCCCAGGGUGCUAAGCCCGGCGAAGGUGGUGAGUUGCCCGGCCACAAGGUACUGGGCCCUAUUGCCCGUACCCGUCACUCCACCCCCGGUGUCGGUCUCAUCUCCCCACCUCCCCACCACGACAUCUAUUCCAUCGAGGAUCUGAAGCAACUUAUCUAUGAUCUCAAGUGCUCGAACCCUCGUGCUCGUGUCUCCGUCAAGCUUGUGUCUGAAGUUGGCGUUGGUAUCGUUGCCUCGGGUGUUGCCAAGGCUAAGGCUGACCAUAUCUUGAUCUCUGGUCACGAUGGUGGUACCGGUGCUUCCCGCUGGACUGGUAUCAAGUAUGCUGGUCUUCCUUGGGAGUUGGGUCUUGCCGAGACUCACCAGACUCUUGUCCUUAAUGACCUCCGUGGCCGUGUUGUCGUCCAGACUGAUGGUCAGCUUCGUACUGGUCGUGAUAUCGCCAUCGCUUGUUUGCUCGGUGCUGAAGAAUUCGGCUUCGCCACCACUCCAUUGAUUGCUAUGGGGUGUAUUAUGAUGAGAAAAUGCCACUUGAACACUUGCCCUGUCGGCAUUGCUACUCAAGACCCUGAACUUCGCAAGAAGUUCAAUGGUACCCCCGAGCAAGUCAUCAACUUCUUCUACUACGUUGCCAAUGAAAUGCGGGCUAUCAUGGCCAGGCUUGGUAUUCGCAGUGUCAACGAGAUGGUUGGCCGUGCUGAACUUCUCAAGACCCGUGAUGACCUCCGUGCUAAGCAGGAGCGUAUCGAUCUUUCCCUCAUCCUGACUCCUGCUCACUCGCUGCGGCCUGGCGUUGCUACAUACAACGUUCGCAAGCAGGAUCACCGCCUCCACACCCGUCUCGACAACAAGCUGAUUUUCGAGUCUGAGCUCGCUCUAGAGAAGGGUCUCCCUUGCCGUAUUGAGUGCGAUGUUGUCAACACUGACCGUGCCCUUGGAGCUACCCUUUCAUACCAGAUCAGCCGACGCUAUGGCGAGGCUGGCCUUCCCCAGGAUACCAUCCACGCCAAUAUCAAGGGCUCUGCUGGUCAAUCUUUCGGUGCUUACCUUGCUCCUGGUAUUACUCUUGAGCUCGAGGGUGACUCCAACGACUACGUUGGCAAGGGUUUGUCUGGUGGUCGUCUCAUUGUCUAUCCUCCUCGCGGUGCUGCCUUCAAGGCCGAGGAGAACGUUAUCGUUGGAAACACCUGUCUCUACGGUGCUACUCGCGGUACUUGCUACUUCCGUGGUAUGGCUGCUGAGCGUUUCGCUGUCCGUAACUCGGGUGCCACGGCUAUUGUUGAGGGUGUCGGUGACCACGGAUGUGAGUACAUGACUGGUGGUCGCGUUCUCAUCCUGGGACCGAUUGGCCGUAACUUUGCUGCCGGUAUGUCUGGUGGUAUUGCCUACGUGUUGGACGUGAACCAGGACUCGCACUCCAAGGUCAACCUGGAGAUGGUGGAGGUCUCUGGCAUCGAGGAUCCUUCUGAGAUCGCCUUUGUCCGCGGACUGAUCGAGGACCACCACCACUAUACUGGCUCCGAGCUGGCUGCUCGUAUCCUUCUCGACUUCAACCGUGCUCUCCCUCGCUUUAUCAAGGUUCUGCCGACUGACUACAAGCGCGUCAUGGAUGAAGAGGCGGCUAAGGCUAAGGCUGCGAAGAAGGCCGAGUUCUCUCUUCCCCAGCUUCCCAGCACCCCUACUCCUACUGGGAUGGCCAAGAACGAUGACUCCAAGAAGGCCGAUCUUCUGGAUAUCGAGGACAGCAUCAGCAGCGAGAAGGCUGAGAAGAAACGUUCUGCCCUGAUUCUGGACAAGACUCGUGGUUUCAUGAAGUACAGCCGCCGCAGCGAGAAGUACCGCAACCCGACUACUCGUACCCGUGACUGGGCUGAGCUGUCCAACCGUCUGAACGAGGAUGAGCUCAAGUACCAGGCAGCUCGUUGCAUGGACUGCGGUGUCCCCUUCUGCCAGUCCGACACCGGCUGCCCCAUCUCCAACAUCAUUCCCAAAUGGAACGAAUUAAUUUUUCAGGGCCAAUGGCAGGAUGCCUUGAACCGUCUGCUCAUGACCAACAACUUCCCCGAAUUCACUGGUCGUGUCUGCCCUGCUCCUUGUGAGGGUGCCUGUGUUCUGGGCAUCAACGAGGACCCCGUCGGUAUCAAGUCAAUUGAGUGUGCCAUCAUCGACCGCGGUUUCGAGAUGGGCUGGAUGGUCCCUUGUCCCCCCAAGACUCGGUCGGGCAAGACCGCUGCCGUCAUCGGUUCUGGACCUGCUGGUUUGGCUACUGCCGAUCAGCUCAACCGUGCCGGUCACACCGUGACUGUUUACGAGCGUGCUGACCGCAUUGGAGGUCUCCUCAUGUAUGGUAUUCCCAACAUGAAGCUCGACAAGAAGAUCGUUCAGCGCCGUGUCGACCUGAUGGCCGCCGAGGGUAUCAAGUUUGUCACUGGUGUCACCGUUGGCCCUGACAGCGAGGUGUCUUUGGACUCUCUUCGUGCCUCCAACGACGCGGUAAUCAUCGCCACCGGUGCUACUGUUGCCCGUGACCUCAAGGUUACUGGCCGCGAGCUGGAAGGUGUUCACUUUGCCAUGCAGUUCCUGCACAAGAACACCAAGUCCCUUCUGGACUCUGGUCUUUCCGAUGGCGAGUACAUCUCCGCCAAGGACAAGCACGUCGUUGUCAUUGGUGGUGGUGAUACCGGUAACGACUGCAUUGGUACUUCCGUCCGCCACGGUGCCAAGUCAGUCACCAACUUCGAGCUUCUGCCCCAGCCCCCGCCCCAGCGCGCCGGCGACAACCCCUGGCCCCAGUGGCCCCGCAUCUACCGUGUCGACUACGGUCACUCCGAGGUCAAGACCCACAUGGGCAAGGACCCCCGUGAGUACUGUGUCAUGUCAACCGAGUUUGUUGACGACGGUAACGGCCGUGUCAAGGGCAUCAACACUGUCCGCGUCGAGUGGACCAAGAGCGCCACUGGCGGUUGGGAUAUGAAGACCGUCGAGGGCAGCGAGCAGUUCUUCCCCGCUGACCUCGUCCUCCUCUCCAUGGGAUUCCUGGGUCCCGAGGACCGCCUCCUUGGCGAGGAGAUCGAGCGUGACGCCCGCAAGAACGUCAAGACUCCGCCGGGCCACUACUCCACCAACGUCCCCGGCGUCUACGCCGCCGGUGACUGCCGCCGUGGCCAGUCCCUGAUCGUCUGGGGUAUCAACGAGGGCCGUCAGUGCGCGCGCGAGGUCGAUACCUUCCUCAGCGGUAUCAGCUCCCUGCUGCCCGUGACCGGAGGCAUUAUUCGUCGCCCAGCCAUCGACUCCGUGCCCCAGCCCGCCGAGACCCAGGUCGUUGCUUAA